CGUUCUGCUUGUAGGGGGUUUCGGUGAGAGCCCUUACCUACGCGAAGUUUUACGCAGCAGGUUUGAAGGUGGACGGGGGAGAUGCAAGGUCAUGACGGCGAACGACGCUACGUACGUACAUGGUCGAAUUAAUGCAAGUCCUUGAGCUGAACUAGAUGCUGGUCUGGCAAAGCGCGAAAGCUGUUUCAGACGGAGCUGUAAUAUAUCACGCUACACAAACGGUCAAAGCUAGAGCAUGCAGAUUCCAAUUUGGGAUAGUAGGGGAAUACCGUACGAUGAGAACGUUCCAGAGCACAGAUCAAGAGAUUGGGUGAUUGGACGGGAUGGCGUGAAGUGGAUGAGCAAUAAAUGGUAUCCCAUGGUUGAAAGAGGCGACGUUAUUAUGGCUGAGGAUGGCGUAUCAGAAAACAUGUACAACGUUUAUCACACCUCAAAUCCUUCACUCGGGACAUUCUCGGAAAGAAUCUAUGCCUUUACCCUAUCAGAUGAAGAAGGGCCCUAUUGGGCCUUGGAUCCAGACGGGAAGCCCGAGUAUGGAAUUGAAUGUGUCUGCGAGAUCACUGCAGAUUUGAGCAAUCUAAGAGGUGGCUUGGUAGAGAAGAUCUCGCGAGAGCAAGGAGGGAAGUAUUGGCUCCUCGAUUAUAAUGUGGUCAUUGAAUUUGGAGACACGGAACUUCGUGCCUAUUUGGAGUGGACGGAGAACGGGGAAACAAAGCGUGGCCAGGCUUCUCUCAUACCGGACUCCUUUAUGUAGACCGUUGCUUUCCCCCCUCCCCUAUUCACUUGGAUUUUCAUUCUUGUUGGGCCUUACUGCAAUACUCAUGCACUUCGCUUUGAAAGAUUGGACACGUCAUGAUGAGUCAC